UGCCUCCCUUAUUUAUUAGCGUUCCCCCGCGGACAAUCGAACAUCUCUCUCCAUCUCCCUCUCUCUCCACAAUGGAAGGAAAAGCAAAAACCACUAUCUUUUCCUUCUUCAUUCUGUUUUUCUUCUCGAGCGGUUACGCAAAACCGCUCCAGUUCCAAACCCUGGUUUUAGGGACUCUUCCCAAACCGCCCACCCACAAGCCCGAUCUCUGCUGGAGCGAAUCUGAAACUUCAUCCCUCUCCGAAACCGCUGAAACCAAUCCUCAGACCAUUCUCACUGCACGAUUAGAACACAGGGAUGCUUUGGCCUUCAAUGUCACUCCAGAAGCACUCUUCCAUCUCAGGUUGGAGAGAGAUGCCGCCAGAGUUGAGUCCCUGUCCACCAUGGCAGCUGGUGCGCCGCCCGUUACUAGUAGAAACGCCACUCGGUCGCGCGGGAACGGCUUCAGUAGUUCGGUCAUCUCCGGCCUCUCUCAGGGUAGCGGAGAGUAUUUUACACGGAUAGGUGUUGGUACGCCCCCUAGGUACGUCUACAUGGUUCUCGAUACUGGUAGCGACAUCGUUUGGAUCCAAUGUGCGCCUUGCCGGAAAUGUUACACGCAGGCCGAUCCUAUGUUCGAUCCAAAAAAAUCUCGUUCGUUUGCUGGUGUUUCCUGCGGUUCACCUCUCUGUCGGAGACUAGAUGUGUCGGGAUGUAGUCAGCAGCGGCUAUGCCUCUAUCAGGUAUCAUAUGGUGACGGAUCGUUCACCGUGGGAGAAUUCUCUACGGAGACGCUCACGUUCCGGGGGACCAAGGUUGGAAAUGUGGCGCUUGGGUGCGGCCACGAUAACGAAGGAUUGUUCGUAGGCGCGGCCGGGUUGCUGGGUCUCGGCAGGGGGAAAUUGUCCUUCCCGUCCCAGGCGGGCCGCCGCUUUGGGAGGAAAUUCUCAUAUUGCCUCGUCGAUCGACAGGCGGCGGCAGUGAAGCCGUCGUCGGUGGUGUUCGGGGAGUCGGCCGUGCCUAGGUCGGCCGUGUUCACGCCGAUGCUUACAAACCCUAGACUGGACACUUUCUACUACGUCGAACUCAUAGGUAUCAGUGUGGGGGGUGUGCGAGUCCCUGGGAUUACAGCCUCUCUGUUCAAGAUGGACUCGGCUGGGAACGGCGGAGUGAUAAUCGACUCGGGAACGUCAGUGACUCGGUUGACUCGUCCGGCUUAUGUAGCUCUACGCGACGCGUUCCGUGCCGGGGCGAUACAGUUGAAGCGGGCGGAGGGGUUUUCGUUGUUCGACACGUGUUAUGAUUUGUCGGGGAAGACAGUGGUGAAGGUACCGACGGUGGUGAUGCAUUUCAGGGGUGGGGCGGACUUGUCAUUGCCGGCGGCGAACUAUCUGAUACCGGUUGAUAGUAACGGGAUUUUCUGCUUCGCAUUUGCCGGGACGACGAGUGGGUUGUCUAUAGUGGGGAAUAUACAGCAACAAGGGUUUCGUGUUGUGUUCGAUGGAGCGAGUUCGCGUAUCGGGUUUGCUGCGCACGGGUGCGCGUGACGGAAAGACUCUCGAGUCUGAGCGUCAGGGCGUGUCAGUCGUCUUUUGGGUUUUCUUUUCUUUUCUUUUUUCUUUUGGGGAAAGAAAACUGAAUUUCCAAUUUUCAUCCUGUCGUAUAAUGUUGUUGUAUUAUGUGGUACGUAAUUAUUACUGAAACACGAGGGUAGUCUUAUUAGUGAUUAGUAGUGGAACAAGUUACCGUUACUUUGACCUUUUGGGUGAAAUCAAAUGCUGUAUUGUAAAAACCAGAUAAUUGACUUGUUAUUAGUUGAGUUGAGUUGAGAAUA